AGCCCCCCUGGCUCCUGGGCUCCCCCCGGCUGGCUCCUCUUUCCCGCCCGUCCCUGCCCGGACGGGGAAGGCACAUGUUCACACCAGCCGGCGUGCUCGGCUUCGGGGGCCGCCGCUGCGGAUUGCGGAGCCCGAGCCAGAUGUCGCGCCACCCGAGCCUCCUCAAGUGCCGCUGCCGCAGGCUGUUCAAUGACCUGAAAGUCUUCCUGCUCCGGAGACCCCCUGCGCCCCCUCCGCCCUCGCCCCCCUUGCCCAUGAACAGCGGAGCCCCCCGCCCCGGCGCGCAGGCGGCCGGCCGCAGCCCCCUGCCCGCGCUGCCCGGGGGGCGAGGGGGAGCCUGGAGGGCGCCGGCCGCCGGCGGGGGCGGCCCGGCCAGCCCGCCCGAGGAGGAGGGGAGCAGCCCGGCCGGCGAGCCCCCCACGUCCGCCAUGAGCAGCGCGUCCUCGGAGGACUUCUGCAAAGGGAAGGCGGAGGACAGGUACUCGCUGGGCAGCAGCCUGGACAGCGGCAUGAGGACCCCGCUCUGCAGGAUCUGCUUCCAGGGGCCCGAGCAGGGGGAGUUGUUGAGCCCGUGUCGAUGUGAUGGAUCGGUGAAAUGCACGCACCAGCCUUGUCUGAUCAAAUGGAUCAGCGAGAGAGGCUGCUGGAGCUGCGAGCUGUGUUACUACAAGUAUCACGUCAUUGCCAUAAGCACAAAGAACCCUCUGCAGUGGCAGGCCAUCUCUCUGACAGUCAUUGAGAAGGUUCAGAUAGCAGCAGCCAUCUUGGGUUCCCUCUUCCUCAUCGCCAGUAUCUCGUGGCUCAUCUGGUCGACCUUCAGUCCUUCCGCCAAAUGGCAGCGCCAGGACCUGCUCUUCCAGAUCUGCUAUGGAAUGUAUGGCUUCAUGGACAUUGUCUGUAUAGGUCUAAUAAUACACGAAGGGCCCUCGGUUUACCGGAUUUUCAAACGGUGGCAGGCGGUAAAUCAGCAGUGGAAAGUGCUGAACUAUGACAAAACAAAAGACAUGGAGGACCAAAAAACAGGGACCAGGACAAACCUGCGAACCUCCUCCCAAACCAACCAUUCGUCCUCCACCGGUGGUACAGCCAGCAACUCCGCUCCAGCCGACAACGGGGUCCGGGGCACUAGCCACGCCAACGGCACCCUGUCUGACCACCACUGUGCUUACACCAUCUUGCAUAUACUCAGCCAGCUGAGGCCUCACGAACAGAGAAGCCAGUCUAGCACGAACAGAGAGCUCGUCAUGAGGGUCACAACAGUCUGAGCAACGGAAUUCAGGAGGCCUUAACGCGAAGUGGAGGAGACAAAGAACUCAAGAGCAGAGAAGCAUGGUGUGCCUUUAAUUUUCUGGGUAGCUGCACAAGGUGUAAGCAGCACUUGGCCAACUGAGGAAGAAGAAGGUGGAGGCAGAGCUGCACACUCAUGCUUAAGAGGUUAACGUUUUCCAGCCAGUCAAUAUUAUUUUUUAAAAAAAUAACAAAACAAGUGCAAUACGGACUAACAGCUAACUAGGCAGAGGUUUGGGGAAGCCGAGGAAGAGCCGGUAUUAGCAUGUCUUACAAGUUUUAUUAGCUGGGAUGGGUAAUGUUCUGCACACACACACACGCCCCACACGCACACAGACACACAGUGUGGGAUGAUAACAAACAGAAGGGGAAUGACGGAAGCGAUGUAUUUGGAGGAGUUUUCAGAUUGUGUUAAGCAGGGAUCUGAGUCAUCGUUUUGUUUCAUAAAUCAUUCCGGAGCCCUGUAUUAUUCGCGAUAGAGUAUUUCCACUGAAAUGGCUGGGGAUUUUUCAGUUUUAAUAUUUAAAAAAAAAUCCAUCCAUAUUUCACCAAAACAAAAAUCGGCAAGGGGUUCGGAGAAUGGCGUUGGGAGCGGGUUUGACAGACAUUUUUUGGCGAAGUUUGUACAGAUGCGUGGUGGGUGUUUGAAGCACAAGCACUGGUAUGAUGACCCCAAAUCCCACAUUCAAACCUUCCCGCUCACAAAAACCAUCCUCCAGGCAGACUUUGAGAAAGGAGGCUGCUCCGGGUUAAUUUCCUCUCAUACCCCAUCACCCCCGAUUGAUUACAUUAGGCCAGUCCCAUCUCCACAGCUUUCUCCUGCAUCUGUGAUUCAGACUCUCAUAAGAGGGUUUUUUUAUCUGCAUAUCCCUGCUGCUCAACUUGCAAGAGAGUCUCACUCAAUCUUAUAAGUUAAGCCCUUGAUAUCCAGUCUGCUGAAUGACUGUGUGGAAAAGACUAAAUGAUGAGCUAACAAAGACUUAGUCUGAAGAGGGAGCACAGUCCCUGAGUGAAUAUAUUAUGCUUUUAAUAAGUCUCCUUCUCUAGGAGCUAUCCACGAAAGUACCAAUUGCUCUUCAGGAACAUCCUCUUUCAAUGCACAAUGGCUGAAUCAUUUGUGGGUAUUAAAGGGACACUGUCAAGUACUUUUUAAAUAGCUUUUAGGGGCCUUUUUUUUUUAACUCUCCAUCAUUUGUCAUAUUCUCUUAAAAGCUUGAAAAUAAAAAUUCUUUCCCUAUUGAUUUUUGUCCUUUUCCAUUUGGCACACGCUGUUCUCCCCUGGCCAGGGCCUUGCCCCGCUGUACCCUCACCCCGCCCUGCCCCUCUCCUCCCGACCGUCUACUGCAGCCAGAAGUCAAACAUGGCUGCGCCCUGUUUACUUUCAUGUGCCCCAGCAUUGCUGAUGGUGCUGCACCACGGCCCUGGAGAACAGAGCUGUUUUGUUAGUGUAGCCGAAGAGCAGAAACCAUCCCAAUGCAGAGCCUUAACUGGUUUUGGAGCAAUGCCUCAGCAAAUCAAAAAUAACCAACGCCACAGUGGUCAAACCCGGUGCCUGGAGUUAGCCACCAAAACCCAUAUGUAAGCAGAUGAACGAAAGCAGCCUGCUUUCCAGCUGUGCUGGGGGUCUCCUGCCUUAGGGGUUUCUAUUACCACCCUUCACAAUGGUAUCUGAGCGCCUCUUGCAGCUUCUGUUGGAGCCAUGGGAGUUGAUUCAUGCCCCUACAUAUGGAUUUAGCUGAUGGACUUUGGGCGCCCGGGUUUGAAAUUGCCGGCCUGAAAGCAAUUUAGCUCUCAGAAGGGAUAAGCAUUUUAAGGAAGGUCACAUUUCUGGGCCUCCAUUACUUGACAGUGUCCUUUUGAAUAUCAGAAUGCAACGGAACGUGUCUUUAUGGCAGAUGACGUGUGGGUUCUGAAACUCCAGCCGAGUUGAGCUCUGCCCUGAGAUAAGACUUAAUCCCAAGACAGCUGAUGAAAUGAGGAGCCAUGCAAACAAACAUGAUUUCUGGGAGGCCAGUGUCUGUAUAGCUGACCUAUCUCACUGUCUACCAAAGAGUGCUUUUGGUUGGGGUCGGGGCUGUUUUGAUGACCUCUGAAAGGUGCUGUCGGGAGCAUGUCUCUUACGUGGCUGCUCCUGUGGUAAAGUCUAGCAAAGUCUGGUUAACGCAAGGGAGCACAGCAGCCUCUUCGUGCCCCAGGGGCUUUUCCAAAGGGCAGUGUUCUUGUCACAAGAGAUGGCCACUUGUGAUGCUCUGACAGGGGUGGGGGCUGUCAGACGUAACAGUAAGUAGUGUCAUCUGAUCCCCCUCCAACUCCCGUUAUGGGAUAAGGAAAACCAAAUUCCUUUCACUGGGGUUAGCAGGUUGGGAGUUUAUAAGGUCAGAAGCACAUCUCACCAUGAAAGGGAGGCAUGGCCUGGUGGGCUGAGCACAGGAUGGAGUCAUCUCACUCCAGCUCUGCCACCAACUCUCUCUGUAGCCUUGGGCAAGUCCCUUAAUCUUUCUGGCUCAGUUCCCCAUCUGCAAAAUGGGGAUGAUAAUACUUACCUACCUCACAGGGGUGUUGUGAGACUCAAUGUUUGCAAAGCCCAUUGACAUGAUAAGGUAGUGUGUGUAAAAUAGAUAGCAAUGAGCUGGUUAGCAGGAAUGAGCACCCACUGCCCUUUGCUGGACAAACGUCAAACUGCUCAGCUCGGUGUAUCAUAGCCCCUACACUGUUACCAGAGAGUCCCCUUUUGCUGAAGUGGUAGGGUGCUGCCACUUUCGCAUGACGUUCUGAGUGGCUGUAAUGUGCAGCAUAGUGACGACCACAUGGUCCUACUUGGCCAUGGAUUUGUUACAACAUUUUUCUAUACACGUGUUCUCCAUGCAAUGUGCUUAGAAAUAUAUGUUCCAGUUGCAACUGGCCUGUCUGGGUCUGGGCUGUUCAGUGGCUGCAGCAUCCCUCAUGGGUGGAAAACCCUUUCAUUUGGCUACGGAGCCCAGUUUCAGAGACGGUGACCUUCUGAGCCCUUCCACAAUGGUUUAAGAAUCAAAGACCUAUUUCAGCUGUUUAAUAGCCAAACCAAAUGAACAGAACACGCAGUCUUGCCAAGUCCAUCAAUGACUGGGCAUCAGAUACUAUGGUGACAAGGAGCACUUAAGUACCUAGGUAGAUAAGACGUUAGCUAAAGGAAGUUGUAAACUAAUUAUAACACUUUCUUAAGCAUAGAUUCCCAAGGCCAGAAGGGACCACUGUGAUAAUCUAGUCUGCCCUCCUGUAUCACACAGGCCAGAGAACUGCCCCAAAAUAAUUCCCGUUUGAACUAGCGCUCAGGAUCUUUGCUUUCAUUCCAUCAGCACAAUCUCCUAGAAGCCAGGUGUAAUUGGAACCUCUGUUUUUAGAGCAGUUUAUUCUUGAGCAAAGUGCUUCUGAGUUUUACGAACAUCUAGGCUGCUGGUCUGAGAGCGAUGGGUGCACGUUUUGGGGUUUUUUUAUUAUUUUUUGGAGCGGCUCUGAAGAUGGCAGGAAUAGCAAUGAACAUCUAUGUUCCAUGGCAGAAUGCGCUCUUUUCUCCUCCCCCGUCCCCUCAUUUCUGCUCCUAUGCAGGACAAUAAAAAGUGCAAAAAUGGAGACAUGCAAACCACACCGUGGACUGGCGGGGGUUUGCAGAGGGCAGAAGGGACAAGAUGACGGAGCUAAACAAAGCAGUUCUAUGGAAGGCAUCCCUUCCCUGGCAUCACCCCACCCACACAUCACUGCUCAUCUUGCCUUCUCUUUCAAGUACUCUUCACUUUGCCUCAUUGUCAAAGAGUUCUUGUUUGUAUUUUUAACGCCAUUCUUACAAGGCAGUGAGCCCUGCUUCCCUCAGAUCACGCUGUUUGCAAAGAACUCAACAGCUGUUUUGGGGGAGGUGGGGUAGGGGCAAAACCCCCAUCGGGCAUUCCUGUGCUCUUGUGCUUCAUGGCACGGUGAAACAGUCAGAGGUGGCUGAUGGAGAGACGAGGGGUCUGAAAUGAUUCGUGGUCCUGCUAAAUUACCCACAUUUUGUUCCUGAUUUUCUGUCAGCUUUGAUGGGUCACUUACUGCCUUUUUGGAGAGGUUUUGCUCUGUGUGACUUCUCUCAAUUCUAUCCUCUUUGCCCAAAAUUUCGGUGGUGGCCACAAGCCUCCAUUGCUCUUCCAGUCUCUCCACCAAACACCCACCCUCAAGCCCAUUCCUCCCACCUCCCCCAUCAGAGCACAAGCACACACUUAGACUGUAGUAGGGGGUCUACGUGGUCCAAGCUUCCACUUUUUCUGACGCCCCUCUGGUCAGGACUCACAGCCCUUGCUGUGUUUUGUUUUUUCAAUAUAUAUUCACUUUGAAACUCAUAGUUUCCUGCUGCCAAUCAGCUCCCACAGGACCAGUUGAUCGGGAGGCUCAGAAAGCCAAUAAAACACUCCAUUCCCCGCUUCAAAUGUCAGCACUGGUGGGCUGGCUCUCAAGACACAUGUCUGAAUUUCCCUUUUGCCUUGCUUUAAUAACGCCAGGCCUGUGCUUUUCUACGGUGGGCCUUGAAGAUGCACCUGUAUCAUCCUGCUCCUGUGGCCAGGCCCUGAGGAAGAGCACAUCACUGUUGCCACAAAUGUCCCAAGAGAUGCGUGCUUCUGGCAUUAUUCUGGAUCAGGGACACUGAUGCCAAUCUUUUCUACGGGGAAGAAAUAGUAGUUAAUACCUUUCCUGGCUUUACUAACUGUAUUUUCACUCAGGGAAACAGGAACAAACCUCCUCAGACUUGCCAGAUCCCUGAGGAAUCCUUUAAACCCCAAUUCCUCCAGUAGGCCCCAUGUAUCACAGCCAACCUCCUUCCGGCUGAGAAAGCCAUCGGCUGGAGACCAUCCUGAGGGCCGCUGUCCACAUACAGUUGCCAGUGGUCCCUCUUUUCAAGGGAGAGGCCUGAUUUUUUUCCAGUGGAUGUGCCACAUAUCUUGUAGGGCAUUGGGUAGCUCACCACAGGGUGAGCGACACCGAGAGCACAACGCCGUAAUGCAGCAUCUCUGACUCAGCGGACAAAGUAUUCAAGGAGGUAGCUCACCUUCACUCAGGAUAUAAGCAAGCUGCCUCCAUAGCACUGUCACCCCAUGGAUCCAGAGAGGUGGGACCAGCAAUCAAACCCAGGACUCCUGCAUUGCAGCUGAGAGCACAAGGCCAGUCAGCCAGCUAAUUCCUCUUCCCAUUUCAUUACAAUGCCAGCAUGUUACCAGCAGUUCCUGUUAGCAUUUGUCAGCUACGCACAGUGAGGGAAAAUCGAUGUAAAACACUGGAAUAUUCCAAUGGACUGAGCCCUUGGGGCCAGCAGUGCAUAUGCCCUAAUGGUUAGUGCCAGGGGACCCUAACCCCCAGUACCAAUGAACCCCACUCAUGACGCACUCCCUGCUAUUCUACUCCCACGUUGCCAAAUUCCUUUUGCCAGUGCAGCUCUCUUGGCAUGUGGCAAAACCCUGCCUGCCCAGACAGUGGCUUCUCAUGAGUAGAGAUACCUACAGCAUAAACUAUAGGAUGAUUUUGCAACAUGGAUAAAUAUCUGUAGUGUUUUGAAACCAGCACUUGUGACCAAAAGCACUCACAUUAGAAUCCAGAGAUAAACAACUAGUGCAGGAACCUACUGUAUUGACCAUUUACCUCCACUUCAACGCUGAAGGGAGAUAUACUGAAUAAAGCAAUGGUUUCCUUUACAAUAGUAACCAUUUGAUGGCUUCCAGAGCAUUCCCUCCGGUGAUGUGAGUGUAGUUGAUGGAACAGUGUCUGAUCUGACAUCUAUCACACUGUAUACAAGUAGAAAAGACCAUGAAGUUUCUGCACUUUUAACAAAAACUUCAAAAAUAUCUUGGUUUAUUAUUCAACUUACCUCCAGGUCAGUGGGUGAAUUUCUUCUUUGAAGAGAGAAUGAAGUUUCUUCUUCCAGAAUCGGAAUUACAAGUUUACAAAACUAUUACUCUUCUUGAGAGGGGGGAAAAACAACCGUGAAAGAAUGUUUAGUUUAUUGAACCUAAAAAAAAAAAAGUCUUGACAGAAGUUAAUUAGGUAGAUAGAACAAUGCAGGACCUUACUCUAGGUAGGCAGAAGAAGGAGAAAAGAAAUCCUUGCAUGGGAUUCUUGGCCAAUCAUUGAUUAAAUGUUCAGUCAAUGUGUGUGAGAGACAGAAAGAGAGAUACUUGGAUCUUGAAGUGCAGUGGAUCAUAGACGAAAGGCCCCUUGAAAUUAUCUGAGCCAUACUCAAGCAAGCACAAAGAGAUGAAAGCACAAACGCCUGGAACCAUACAAGUCACAAGUUUAUUGACAAGAGGUGGGGGUCCUUGAACAUGGGGAAAGAAUAAGGGAGAUUCUUUUCUAUGCCACAUUGAGAGUGUUGUUUUCAGCUUGUUUACUACCUACCUAUAAACAACCUGCUUUUCAAAGUGUUCUGGAGAAAGAUGAUGUUAUUCAGAGUAUAGAGAACUGAAAAAACAAACAAAAAAGGAGCCAAGGAGUAAGGAGAGACUGUUCACUACAUUUUGUUACUGCUACACACCAAGGCCUUCUGUAUAGAACAAAGCAAGGACACUAUUUUUAUUUUGCUGCCUGCCCAGUGCCCAGUCUUUGACCAACGGUGGCCUCCAAAGCCACAGAGCCUUCCUAGAGCUCAGAUUUCCACCAAGUGACCAGAGAAUUCCUCUGAGUGGUGGUCAAAGCCAGCAAUGGUGUUCCUGUGUCUAUCCGAGGUGUUUUCACCCACGAUGACGGCAGCUGCUUUCACCGCUCGCUGGCUUUAUAAACCAGCAAGUGCACCUUUCACCUUGUGCCAUCACAGGAGGGUGGUGAUAUCAAAACGUCAUUUGUGAUGAUGUCACAUCAGCAUCCUGUGCAGUGAUGUCAAGGUGGUUCAAAAGUAUCAUGAAAGUCAAGUAAAUAUUUUAUGCAGGCACCAGAGGGGCGCUGGUAACUACAAAAACCAGGUGUCACCCAACUGCGGUAACGGGUGCUGUCAGAGAUCCUUAAAGCUCUACUGAUGGGAGAGUGUAUUCAUCCCCACAAACAGCAUGUGCCUGACACCAAUCUUUAAAGCAUCGUAGGCCUUUAGGGGCCAGGAACGUGGAUACAACCUCUAUGUGAUCCACCCUUUUUGUGGUCAAAGACACUUGCAGAGCUACCUCUAAGAGGAGCAGUUCCAUUCAGCACAGCAGUCUCUUGACUACCCAGCCUUUCAUUUUUCCCCUGUAAAUUUUCUGUUGCCUAUUCUGGUGGCUCUGGUUUCUCCUCUCCUACCUAUACAAGAUGAUAGCUACAGAGCCCACCAAAUCUCCUUACCCCAGC